AUGCCCGAUUCCCUUGCCGGCGCGCUGGCCAAGGCCGCGACGGAAGACCUGAGGGGCAGUUGCCUGAGCACGACGGCUCCCCCGCCGCAGUCGAGGCAGCAGGUCGAGGCCGCCCGCAGGGACUACCCGAGGCGCCACGUGCCGAAGCGCGCGGACCCCUUCGACGGCUCGUCCGUCGAGCAGAGCACGCCGAGGCGCAUCAUGGGAUUCGGCCUCGGCUUCGAGAAGAUAUUCGCCACAACCUCCCUGAAACUUCCGGGAACUGCGACGCUGCUGUACGCCGAGAUGGUCACGCCCCACGACGGCAAGGCGUCCAGCAGGUGCUUCAACGGCCUCGACACGGUUUUCGACCUGAAGAAGUGGGUGUUCGAGCAGCUGCAGAUACCGGCAAGCGCGUACACGUUGACCUAUGCAGAACCUGGCAAGAUAGGACUGGAGGACGAGAUGCGGCUUUUGACGACUCAGGAUUCGCUGGACACCAGAACGUUCGCAACUACCAGGGCCAUGCACUUCACCCAGGCACAAAUGGCUGUCAGUGGCUUGCACUCGAUCGGCGACAUCGGCGUUACCAGGCUAUACGUUCGUUUGCGGUGCCGGGCGUGCGGGGAGCUCAAGACCCCGUGCCAAACUUGCCAGAAGAAGAAGGCGUUCGGGCACAUACAACCCAAGCCGGAGGAAGACGUGGCAGCUGCUCCCGCGGCAAUAGGGGGCGGCAGCGCGGCGAACAAGAUCCAGGGGUCCUCCAACCCCAGCGGGCGGCGCAUGAGCGCCAGCCUCAAGGGGGCGGCGAACGCCGUCCAGCAAGUGGCGACGACCACGGCCGGCGUGCCCGGGCUCGACCCGCAGAUCGAGGACCGCUGGCAUAGGCCCGACGAGUGCAAGAACUGCCUCUACCACGCGCGGGGCUACGACAUGCACCUCGGCGCUCGGGCCCGCGGGGGGAGCGGGGAGCUCGCGCGGAUCUUCCUGUCGGUCGACCAGGAUCGCCUUCCAAGAAGCUCAACUUGGGAACUCAGUCGCUGUCAGCGAGGAGGCCACCUAGAGUAA